AGCCAGGGGGCCGCGUCCUUACGCCCCCCUUCCGGGUUUCGCGGUCUCCUUGACGACCCAGCGGCCAGCAACGGCGGCGGGGACCAGUCGUUGAGCCUGUGAGCGGAGCCGGUCCUCUAAGGACCUCGCCCAACUGGGCCUGGCCAGCGCCGGAGAGACUCGGCUCCGUACGCGCAGGGACUAUGAGAAAAUGGUCGGGGAAAAGAGGAAAAAGCUCAAAGAGGCGGCUCCAGAGCCGUUACACUCUCUCCGCUCCAGGCAGUCUGGGCGCCGUCGCAAGGCCACCGGAGCCCGGGAGCCCGAGACGGAGGAGGAGCCGCAGGGGAAGAUGGAAAAGCCCAAGAAAACUUUGCCCGUAGGCAGGGGCAGCCUGCCCCGGGGCGCCCGGCAGUGCUCUCCGCGGAGGUCCCAAAACCUGAAGGCGCAGAAUGUGCGACCGGAAGUGGUCACGAGGACCCUGCUCGGCCGCUUCCACUUCUUCAGCAGUUUACUGGAUCACCUCCGCGACAAGGUGCAUCUAUUGAGACAUCAGUUCUUGAGCAGGACCUACUUCACCAUAGCUGCCUUUUGGGGAAUUUUGCACUGGAAACAUUUAAUUACACUUUGUGAAAAAGAUCGUCAUUUUUCUCACCUCUCAUCUUUGGAACGGGAGAUGACUUUUCGCUCUGAAAUGGGACUUUAUUAUUCCCAUUUCAAGACCAUUAUUGAAGCACCUUCAUUUUUGGAAGGAGUGUGGAUGAUUAUGCAUGACAGGCUCACAGAAUAUCCCCUUGUAAUUAAUACAGUGAAACGCUUCCAUCUUUAUCCAGAGGUGAUUAUAGCCUUCUGGUAUCGUGCAUUUGUGGGAAUAAUGGAUUUACUUGGACUAGAAACUAAAACGUGCUGGAAUGUCACCAGAGUAGAACCUCUAAAUGAAAUUCAAAGCUGUGAAGGUUUGGGAGACCCUGCUUGUUUUUAUGUUGAUGUGGUUUUUAUUUUAAAUGGAGCAAUGAUGGGAUUGUUCUUCAUCUAUGGUGCAUACCUGAGUGGGACUCAACUUGGAGGUCUAAUUACAGUAGUUUGCUACUUUUUCAACCAUGGAGAGGCUACUCGUGUGAUGUGGACACCACUUCUCCGGGAGAGUUUUUCAUAUCCAUUUCUUGUAAUUCAGAUGUAUGUUUUAACUUUUAUUCUCAGGACCUCAGACAAUAGUAGAAGGCCUUUCAUAGCCCUCUGUAUUUCCAAUGUUGCUUUUAUGCUUCCCUGGCAAUUUGCUCAGUUCAUACUUUUUACACAGAUAGCCUCACUGUUUCCCAUGUAUGUUGUGGGGUACAUUGAGCCAAACAAAUUUCAGAAGAUCAUUUAUAUGAAUAUGAUAUCAGUUCUCCUUUGUUUUGUGUUGAUGUUUGGAAAUCCAAUGUAUCUAUCUUCUUACUAUUCUUCAUCUUUGUUAAUGACAUGGGUGAUAAUUCUAGAGAGAUAUAAAAUUCAAAGAUUGAGAGUAUCUGAACUGAACUUUUGGUUGAUUCAAGGCUCUGCUUGGUUGUGUGGAACAAUCAUUUUGAAAUUUCUGACAUCUAAAAUGUUAGGUGUUUCAGACAAUAUUCGCAUGACUGACCUUAUAAUAGCCAAAAUCUUAAAAUAUACAGAUUUUGAUACCUUAAUUUAUACCUGUGCUCCUGAAUUUGACUUCAUGGAAAAAGCGACUCCACUUAGAUAUACAAAGACAUUAUUGCUUCCAGUUGUCAUGGUGAUUACUUAUUUUAUCUUUAAAAAGACUUUUCGUGAUAUUUUAUGUGUCUUAUCUGCAAAUACUUAUCAAAGAAAACAGCUCCUUGAACAUGGUGAGCUAAUUUUUCACACUUUGCAGUUGUUAGCAUUUACUGCCCUUGCCAUUUUAAUUAUGAGGCUGAAGCUGUUUUUGACACCUCACAUGUGUGUUAUGGCUUCCUUGAUAUGUUCUCAACGGCUCUUUGGCUGGCUUUUUUGCAGAGUCCGUUUUGAGACUGUUAUCUUUGCCAUUCUAACAUUGAUGUCAAUACAAGGUUUUUCAAACCUCCAUAAUCAAUGGAGCAUAACAGGAGAAUUUAAUAAUUUGCCUCAGGAAGAACUGCUACAAUGGAUCAAAUAUAAUACCAGACCAGAUGCUGUUUUUGCGGGUGCUAUGCCUACAAUGGCAAGUAUCAAGCUGUCCACUCUUCACCCUAUUGUGAAUCACCCACAUUAUGAGGAUGCAGGCUUGAGGGCCCGGACAAAAAUAGUUUAUUCCACAUAUAGUCGAAAAUCCGCAAGAGAAGUGAGAGAUAAACUGUUGGAGUUACAUGUGAAUUACUAUGUUUUAGAAGAAGCAUGGUGUGUUGUGAGAACUAGGCCUGGUUGUAGUAUGCUUGAAAUUUGGGAUGCGGAAGAUCCUUCCAACACAGCCCAACCUCCGUUAUGCAGCAUCUUGCUCAAGGAUGCCAGGCCUUACUUCACCAAAGUAUUUCAGAAUAGUAUAUACAGAGUAUUAAAAGUUAACUGAGAACGAGGCUGUCUAUUACACUGUGAUGCAAAGAAGUGAGUUAAAAACAAUCAUUUUGGCUUAUUUUCAUUAAUAAAAAUCACAAACUUUAAUAAGGGAGCCCUAAAAGGAGAUAAUAAAAAUGAUUUACUUUUUCUCAUUACUAAAAGGUAAAUUAUUUCAUUCUUUUCUAUUGAAUGUCAGCUUUAUUAAGCUUGUCAUUUAAAUGGUUAAAUAAUUUCAUACUGCAUAAACAAAUGUUCAUCUUAGAAUUUUAAAGAAAAAUAUAUGUAAAAGAACAAUAAAAUCAAGGAUAUGUGAGUCCUUUUGUUUCCAACUAAGUGAAUUGUUUUAGAUUUUCCCUGGUACCAGGAUAUAUCAGCUCAAACUCUUUAAAGCACUUAGAAUAGACUAAUGCAGUUUCUGAAAUGACACUUCCGUAAGAUCCUGAUACUGACCACACUUCUUUACCUCUGUGAGGAAAUUUGUUUGUAACCAUGUGUCUAUUAAGGUUGUUUCUGCUUUUUUUUGUUUUUUAAGGAAAGAUCUUUAAUAGCUUUUAAUAACUUUUUUCUUUAAGUAUUUCAACUUAAGUAUUUUUAAAAACAGCUUAUUUUGUAAUGUUUUAAAUCUCUUGAAAUUUAUUUACCCAACCAGGUAAGUAUUUUCCACUGGUUAGUUCUCAACCGAAGUUCCCAACAAGUUGUUAAUCUGUCUUUGUAGUCCAGUGGUUUCUCUGUAAAUAUCCAGGUAAAAUAAAAUUGCUGUGGCAUGCAACCAAAUUUGAGAGUUAAACAUUAUCAGAAAAGAAGUUCCAGUUAAGUUUAUCAAAUGAGAUUCUAAGAUUCUGUAUCUUGAAUGAUGCAAAGGCAUAUUUAUCUUGAUAACCCUGUAGCUCAUUGAACUAGUCUUUCUUUCCUAUCACCAUCUUUUGUAAUAAUACAUUUUUAAGUCCUCAUUAAUUUUUGGUUUUUGAUGAGGAAGGUGAUGUUUAAUAAAUCUCACUCAAUAUAAAACCUACCCAACAAUAAUACUUUGAAAAGUGGUAGUUAUCUUGAAGGUACCAUUGCCAAAUGCAAAGAUAAACAUUCUCUUUGUCUACCUGAUAGACAUUAAAUAGGUCACAUCUGUAAUAUUUAAUUUUGUAUCAACUUUAAUCAUAUUGAGAGUCUUUAUAAUUCCCUUAUGUUCUUGCCCUCUGCAUUUGAGGUAACAAAAUGACUUAAUUCCAUAAAUUAGUUCACAUAUAGUACAUAGGAGAUUAUACACAGGAUUAUAAUUAUUUUUCAACUUUUAUAUUUGUAAAAUAUUUUAAUACAAGAUACAAAACAGCUGAUAAAGCAUGCCACAUUUCAUUUAUAUCUGCAUUUUCAAAUAAUUUAUUUGGUGUAGGUACAGGGAAAGAAGGAAAGGAAACAACACCUAACAUUCAUAAAAAUUAAAAU